AGAGGAACUAGUGGGGGCACCUCGCUCACAUCCCAGCGACAUCGAUGAGCAGAGAACGGCCGUAGGCCUGGGCUAGCCUAGCAUGCACUCUGUUUCUCGCUCUCGACUGGGUGCAGGGCGAUAGAGAAGGCACAUUUCAGGAACAGUCCCUGCCUUACUCUUGUCUGGAACUUGGGAUUUCGACGUGACUUGAAGAAAACAUGUUCAGGGCGUUGAAAGCCCUCUUCCAGCCCCAGUUCGCACUGGAAAGUGUAUCAAACCCACUGAGGAUGAUCUCGACCUCUGCCUCCGUCAGAAAAGCAGAAGAUCGCAAGAGGAUGAUGAAGUCAGUCCCAAAAAUGGAUGAGGGAACAUCUGGUGAGAAGACACAGGAUCUGGACUUCACUAGGCGUGGAGGGAUGUUCCCAGAUGAAGACACUCCAACCACCUUGUUUGAUGGUGUACCUUUCAUGCAAUUACCCAUCAUUCACAUCAAAGUGUCAAAGAACAAUACACUCAUUACCUGCACUGACUACAAAGGGAAACCACAUUACAUGCACUCUUGUGGUAAAGAAGGAUUCAAAAAUUGCAGAAAAGGUACAAAUGUUGCUGCUCAAGCAACAGGGAUCUCUGCUGCAUUGGAUGAUGGAGAGGAUCGGAGUGAAGAGGAUCAGGCUUCAAGCUCUGAUGAUGAAGAUGAACAGCCAAAGAAGAGGCAGCACAAAUCCAGCAGUGAGGGGAGUGACUCUGACUCCUCAUCAAGUUCAUCAGCCAAAGAGGAUGAAGAAUCUUGGGAUGGUGACGAAUCACGGAAUGAUGCAAAAGAUCUUGAUGAUGAAGAUUCAAAGAGAGAAAGCACAGCAUCCUCUUCUCUCACCCCCAGAAAGGAGCGCUUUGCAGAUCUCAAACAGUACUGGGAAGAGAAUCCAGAUGUUUAUGGGAUCCGAAGAUCAGGGAGAAGCAGGAAGGAGCCUGAAAGACUACAGAUUAUUGAGUCUGAUUCCAAUGAUGCCCCUCGAAGCUCUGUGAGGAAGGCAGAAGGACGAGUGAAGCAAAGAGGUCAAAGACUGUCAGAUGAAGAUGAGGAUUCCAAAGAAGAUGAUUCUGAGGAGGAAUCAUGUGCAUCGAGGAGAAGCAGGCAUAAGGAACUGCCGAAGAGGUCCCAGAGUUCCUUGAAGAAUGCCAAAAAGUCUCGUUCACUUUCUUCAAGAAAACGGGUCCAAUUGAGUGAAACUAGUGAAGAUGAAUCUAGCAGUGGGAGUCUGUAUGAAGAAUCUGAUGCUGAACCCUCCUCCUCCCCCAAGAAGAGAGCUGGGCGCUCUCGUACUCAAAGGUCAGGAGCACAGGUUAGUUACAAAGAAGCCAGUUCAGAGGGAGAACAGGAAGGAGAUGAGGGAAAUCAGGAGACAGAGAAAAUGGCUGAUGUCACUCAGCCCCAAGAGGAGCUUGGUGAAUGUAUCGAGAAGAUCCUAAAUUAUCGAUAUGGUAGAAAAGGAGAUGAAAUGGGACUGGGAAAGACAAUCCAAGUGAUCUGCUUCCUGAGUUACCUCUAUGAGGCACAAAGUCUUUAUGGUCCAUUCCUAAUCGUUGUUCCAUUGUCCACUCUUACAUCAUGGCAACGGGAAACAGCCACGUGGUUCCCAUCCCUUAAUCUUGUCACAUAUAUUGGGGAUGUGAAUUCCCGCAAUCUCAUUCGACAAUAUGAGUGGUGUCACUUGGGGAACAAGAGACUCAAGUUCAAUGCAAUCCUCACCACUUAUGAGAUUUUGCUCAAGGACAAGGCCUUCCUCGGCAGUAUCUCAUGGGCUGUACUUGUGGUGGAUGAGGCACAUCGAUUAAAAAAUGAGGACUCCCUGCUGUACAAGAGUCUCAUGGACUUUGACACGAAUCACCGAGUUCUUGUAACAGGAACUCCUCUCCAGAAUUCUUUGAAGGAACUUUGGGCCCUUCUUCACUUCAUCAUGCCUGAAAGGUUUGAUAACUGGAAGGAAUUUGAGAGUGAGCACGCAGCAGAAAAAGCAGCUGAGAAAGGCUACUUGCGACUGCACAAACUCCUGGAGCCAUUCAUUCUGCGUCGAGUGAAGAAGGAUGUUGAGAAGUCUCUGCCAGCCAAGGUGGAGCAGAUCCUGCGGGUAGAGAUGACAUCCAGUCAAAAGCAGUAUUACAAGUGGAUCCUAACCAAGAAUUAUGAGGCCUUAAGGAAGGGGAACAGAGGGUCUCUAUCCACUUUUGCAAACAUUAUUGUGGAGCUGAAAAAGUGCUGUAACCAUGCAUUUCUCACCAAACCACCUGAAUAUAGUCAAUCUCAGUCUCAGAGUGAGCGAUUGCAGCAUCUAAGGAAAGGCAGUGGGAAGUUGUUGCUGCUAGACAAGCUCCUAGUGCGGCUAAGAGAGACGGGGCAUCGAGUCCUCAUCUUUUCACAGAUGGUUCGCAUGUUGGACAUCCUUGGAGAAUACCUUCAGCUCCGACACUUCCCCUUCCAGCGAUUGGAUGGGGGGAUCAAGGGAGAGCUUCGUCGCCAGGCCCUUGAUCAUUUCAAUGCUCCUGGGUCUCUGGACUUCUGUUUCCUGUUAUCAACUCGAGCAGGUGGUCUUGGGAUCAACCUUGCCACAGCAGACACUGUUGUCAUUUUUGACUCUGACUGGAAUCCUCAGAACGAUCUGCAAGCUCAGUCACGAGCUCAUCGUAUUGGCCAGAAGAAUCAAGUAAAUAUCUAUCGUCUGGUGACAAAGAACUCUGUGGAAGAAGACAUCAUUGAACGAGCCAAGAGGAAGAUGGUGCUAGACCAUCUGGUCAUCCAACGCAUGGACACCACAGGACGGGCCAUCCUUGACCGCAAGGCCAACAACCCCAAUGCCACUUCAGUCCCCUUCAACAAGGAGGAACUGUCAGCCAUUUUGAAGUUUGGAGCUGAAGAGCUUUUCAAAGAUGAUGAUGAGAAUGAAGAUGAACCAGCCUGUGAUAUCGAUGACAUCCUACAUCGUGCUGAGUUGCGUGAGGAUGAUGAAGGGAAGAUGCCUGGAGAUGAGCUUCUUUCAGCUUUUAAAAUGGCUAGUUUUGCUAUUGAAGAAGAUGAAGAUGAAGGAGGGAAGGUGGAAAUUGAAUCAGAUCACAAGGAUCCAGAUGUCAAUUCUAAAGACUGGGCUGAAAUCAUUCCAGAAAACUUUCGUAAGAAAGUUGAAGCUGAGGAGCGAGAUAAGGAGCUUAAAGACAUCUAUCUACCCCCAAGAUUUGUGCGGAGUUGGAAGAAGUUUGGAAACCCAAUGCAGAGGUUGGAUGCCAUAGCUGGGGAUGCAGAGCUCCUGGAGAAGCCCAUGGGUGACCUGCGACGUCUUGGAGAGCUACUCCUCAGGCGCUGUGAGGAGGCUCUCAGGCAACAGCAAGAGAAAAUAGAUGCAACCCCAGCUGAUUCUGCUGAUGCUUCGAUGCCUGGUCGGGGGAGACGGGGACCAUCAUUCAAGGUUGGGGGAGUGUCAGUGAAUGCUAAGACAUUAAAGGCACAGAUGACUGACUUGCAGCCGCUGGCGGCUGUCAUCCCCUCUUCAAAGAAAGUCAGGGAUGCUUGGGUCUUGGAGAUCCCACGGUUAAAGCCAGCACAAUUUGACUGUGACUGGACCAUCCAAGACGACUCAGCUCUCCUCAGAGGAGUGUAUGAGUAUGGGAUGGGUGCUUGGGAACAAAUCAAGAUGGAUCCAAUCUUGGGUCUUACUGACAAAAUCCUGCCAACUGGUGCAGAUAAGAAACCUCAGUCAAAGCAACUCCAGUCUCGUUGUGACUACCUCCUUCGCCUACUUAGGCGAUCUCAUAACCCUCCCCCAGGCAAGGGGAGUCCCAGAAAGGGUCGGAAGGUGAAAACGAAAGCCAUUGUGGAAGACAACGAUAUUUCAUCAGAUGAUGAGGAUGACAAAUUGAAGCCAGAAGAUUCUGGAAAGCAGAAAGAGAAGGAGGAUACCAAUCAGGCAGAAGUAUUCCUCUCGUGCAAAGAGAAGAUGAGACCAGUAAAGAAGGCAUUGAAGGCAUUAGACCGACCUGAGGAAGGCCUGAACGAGAAGGAGCAGGUGGCUCACACACGACAUUGCCUCCGGCUUAUUGGAGAUCACAUCUGUUCCCUCCUCAAGGAACAUGCAGAUGACAUGGGGAAGCUGAAGGAAUGGAGACAUCACCUUUGGUCUUUUGUCUCCCAGUUCACAGAAUGUGAUGCCAAGAAGCUGUACAAGCUUUACAAAAAAGCAAAAAAGAAGGAGAAGGAUAAGGAAAAGGAGAAAGAAAAGGAAAAGGAGAGAGACAAGACCAAGGAAAAAGAUCCUGGAGCACGAGAGAAGGGGAAAAGGAAGCUGAAUUUUCACAAUUCUGAUGCUGAAAACCAAGAUGCCUCACCCUCUAAAAAACCCUAUCGUGACUCUUCAUAUCGCAAAUCAUCUUUCUCCAAGUUGUCCAUCUUUCUUCUUGCUUUGCUUUGGGUGAGAAUGAUUCCAAAGGGAGUCAUCACCAUCAUCAAUCAUAUCACCAGCAUUCAGGCACUGGGAGAAGUGCUGUAUGGGACAGGAGUUCACAACAACACCACCAACAGCCACAUCACGUCCCUCAUGAAUAUCCUCAUCAGCGAGGGCCACCCAUGCACUGGCCAGCAGGCUCUCAUCCAUAUCAGCAUAAGGAUAGGUAUAGAGAUGGUGGUGGAGGUGAAGGUGGAAGUGGAUGGUAUGCAGGUGGCCCCCCUCAACUUCCACUGCCACCCCCUGUUUGGGGAGGUGCCCCUGGGUUCCAGCCCAGUUAUCCUGGUUUUCCAUAUGACUCGGAAUUCAGAGAUCGAGGCAGUUUCUAUCCAAGUCACAAGCACCCUAAGUCUUCCCUGUGAUAUUUGAGCAACUUGGAGAAGGAAAAAAGUUUUGUUUCUUCCUGCACAUUGUCUGCGAUGCUGAACUCGUGUGAUAUCUUGUGUUGAGUACGAUUGGACAGAUUAAGUUUAUUGUCCAUCUGUGUUGCAGUGGGAGUAAGCGUUCCAUGUUUUCUCAUGUUAAUCGGGAUGUAUGCCUGCAUUUUGAGAUGAAAAUGGUUUCUUUUUUCUAAGAAA